GGUUUCUGGGCUGCGAUGAUGGAAGCGGUGGCGGCUUCCUACGGGAUGGAGAAGCCCUACGGCCCCAACGCGGCUCGCCUCCUGGAGCCCCCUCCGCUGGCGGCGGCGCCGGACUCGAACCCACAGUCGGCCAGGAAGAACUUCAGCGUCAGCCACCUCUUGGACCUGGAGGAAGUGGCGGCCGCCGGGGGGCUCAACGGGGCAGCCGAGGCCGGGCCCGAAGGCAGGGAAGGCAGCGGCCCCGGAGGACAGGACCAGUCCGGCGCCAGCAGCGGCAGCGAAGGAGGAGCUGGAGCAGCCGGAGCCUUGAGGGAAGGUGAGAGCUUGAGCCCGACCCGCAGUUCUGGCAAGAGGAAGAAGAAGCAACGGAGGAACCGCACCACGUUCAACAGCAGCCAACUCCAGGCUUUGGAGAGGGUCUUUGAGAGAACGCACUACCCAGACGCCUUCGUGCGAGAGGAGCUGGCGCGGCGGGUGAGCCUCAGUGAGGCCAGAGUCCAGGUAUGGUUUCAGAAUCGACGGGCCAAAUUCCGCCGUAAUGAGAGAGCCAUGCUAGCUAACAGGUCGGCAUCCCUCCUCAAAUCUUACAGCCAAGAUGCGGCCAUUGAACAACCAAUGGCCCCCCGCCCUACGACCCUGAGCCCUGACUAUCUCUCCUGGUCCACCACCUCCCCUUACAGCAACACAGUGCCUUCGUACAGCUCCAGCGGUCCAGCCACUCCCACCCAAGGGGUCAACAUGGCCAACAGCAUUGCCAGCUUACGCCUCAAAGCCAAAGAGUUCAGUCUCCAUCAGAACCAGGUGCCCACCGUGAACUGAUAGUGGGCCUUCCAGAAGCGGUCCCUGACCUGGAUCUCCAACUCUACCAGCCUCAGCUCAAAACCUCUGGGCAACUGAGACCUCAAUGAUCCUCACACCAGCAACCUCCGUUCAUUCGGCGCCCUUUCUUUCUCUCUCUCAUGACAUCUACACAAUACCGUUGUAGCAAUUUGGUACCAGCUUAACUGUUGUGGCUCCAUCCUUUGAAUCCUGGGGUUUGUAUUUUGGUGAGACAUGAAGAAUUCUCUGCUAGGAACAGGGAAUGUCAUUUUACACUAAUUCCACUGGGGAUAUGAAUGUAGUUUUUCACUAAUUUUCUUCUCAAGGGAAGGAACAAGUAAUUUUAGUACAGGUUGAGUCUCACUUAGCUGAA